AGUCUCCUUGACUUCAUGGAAGUCACUGGCAAACAUAACGUUGCAACCUCUUCUCUUGCCCUCUUGUCUUGAUCUUUGUUGAGCGCCUGCGUCAAGUCAAAAGUACCAGUUGAAAGACGUCGAAGAGUGGUCGACUUAGUACUCACGUCGUUUUCUUCAAGCUCUUCCUUGAGUCUGGGCUUCCCCUCGCAUGAUAAUGAAGAUGUCUUUCCGUUUGAGGUGACAUCACGUUCAUGACUUCAUGAUCAUAAUUUUAUUUUCAACGUCUUCUGCCAUUGAAUUACUCGGGCGUGGAUUAAUACGGUCGUGUGAGGAAGUAACGAGAUGGUUGAACAACGCCAGGACUUCGGAGACGAAUUUCGUCUCAACAAACCCCGAUAUGACCAGAGUACAUACAAAGGACGUUUGCGGCACUUUAUGGACAUUGUCGAUCCUCGGAUGUUGUUAGUUAGUGACGCGAAACUGAAAUCAUCGAUUCAACUUCUGGAUGAUUACAAGGAAGGAAAACUGCCUGCUAAUGUUUCUAAUUCCAAGCUAUGGGAAGCCCAGAAGAUCAAGCAGGCCAUUGUCCACCCGGACACAGGCAAGAAAAUUUUCAUGCCGCUCCGAAUGUCUGGGUAUGUACCAUUCGGAACUAUCACCGUAGUUGGUCUGCUACUGCCCAAUCCCACAACAGCUGGUGUUAUAUUCUGGCAAGCUCUGAAUCAGACGCACAAUGCCGGUGUCAACUUUGCCAAUCGCAAUGCCUCCACACCAGUGUCCAAUACGGACGUUGCAGUUAGUUACGUUGCCGCCACAGGCACGGCAGGAGGCGUGGCUGUACUCCUCCACAAUGCUGUAACAUCUCCAUGGUUUAAGAAGUUUGCAAAGAGAGAUCGACGUUUAGCCAAGAUGAUUCCUUUCAUUGCAGUAGCUGCGGCCAAUCAAGUCAACGUCCUAUGCAUGCGAAGCAGUGAAUUGGCCAAUGGCGUAGAUGUGCACGAGGAAAACGGACGUGUUGUCGGGCAGUCACGCAGCUGUGCUCAGACAGCAGUUGUUAGCACAAUGCUAACGAGGGCAUUGUUGCCUGCACCUAUUCUCUUACUGCCACCCUUGAUUUUGUCGUCAAUGGAGAGGACUGCCUUGUGGAGGAAUUUCCCAGCUGUGCGCUUCCCUCUACACGUUGGUGUGUGCAUGAGUGCGUUUGCUAUUGCACUGCCCAUGACGAUUGCUUUGUUUCCUCAGACCCUGAAGGUCGAGACAUCAUACUGUGAGCCCGAAAUUCAGUUGGCUACUCGUGAAGAGUUCCUGUACUACUCCAGAGGAAUGUAGGCAACAACGGCUAUAAAAGAGUGGCUGACCCAAGUAGCGUGCUCGUUCUCCAAUUUCGUGGCUUUCCUUGGCUUGCUAUGAUGGCCCAGCUGUGCUGCUUUUGACUUCAUCUUUCUUUGCAAAUGCUCAUUUAUGAGCCAGGACAGUGAUCCUGAUGUGUUUCUAUUCUGUUGCUAUUUUGUGUCCAACAUUUACAUUUUUGAGUACUAUUUCUGCUCACAGCUGCCUGCAACAUUGGCUGACAUACACGAGCUUCAAGCUGCUGUUUUUCUUUCUUUCUUUCUUUCUUUGUAUUCAUUUUACUUUGAAGUAGCUUUCCUUUCCAUGUUGAUGAUUCACUUAGCGCUUAGUUACUCAGCACUGAAGUGAAUAUGCUAUACUUGCAUUGGUUGUAUAACUGUUGUGGGUGGAUGCCUUUUGUCUAUCAUAACUGCUGUACCUUGCUGCAUCCACUGAUCCUGCGCUUUCUUACCCGUGAUUUAUUUCGGAACUGCAUUGUCCAGCUACCUGUGCUGGUUCACAGUAUCUGCCACUGCACUAUCGAUCGCAUUUUGAACAGCCAUUCACUGCGCUUACACGAUCAACGAAUCACGUAGAGGAGGAAUCAUGUAGACAUUCCAUUUCAACAGCACUGUCAACUUGGUUUAUAUCUAGCGCUGUUUGCUUUCGCCAACCUGAUAAUUUAUUUUUACUCUA